CUUUAACCUGCAAUAUGCUUUGUUUCGCAAUUCCAGCAAAAACUUGGCAAGCAUUCAAAAUAUUUAUUAUCGAUCAGCGUUCUUGCAGUUUCUGCGCGCUCUAACCUCAUCGCAUGUGCUAAAUCUACCGAAUCUCACGCAGAAUAAUUGCAGAAUCUCAACAAAAUGAUCUACCAAAGCAACUUAGUAUUUAAUAAAUAAUCAACCAAAGAUAAUGCGUGAAUUGCUCUAUAAGUUCACCGCAACAUUCCAGUGUAUCACAUUGAUAUGAAUUUAUUACAAUAAACAACUGCUAUAUAGGCUGCAAAAUCUCAAAUUUACAACUGAAUAAAAAUGGCCAGGAUUUAUUGGCGGUUCUAUAGACUGCCCAAAUUAUUGUACAACUACAUAAAAUGUUUCUUCCAUCGAUUGAAGUACACUGUGAGGUCUUUGACUCACAACCACUUCAUGGACAACAGUUAUGCAGCAGAUGUUUGUAUGGAACCUCUAUUUUGGUUUGUUGAUAAUUCUACUUAUGCAAUUGGGCCAUUUUUUGUGAUUGCAGUGGUUGUGCUGACUGCAUCUGUUGUGUUCAUUGCUUACUGGCUGGGUCUUCCCUACUGGUGGCAUAGAAAUUCGUUGGUCUGUGUGUUUCUAGUCAUAUUUGGUAACUGGCUGCUUUUGAAUGUCUCAUUUCAUUAUUAUAUGGCUGUUACAACUCAUCCAGGCUAUCCUCCACAAGGAGAGCUUAUUACUGAAGCUGUGAGUAUUUGUAAGAAGUGCAUUUCGCCAAAACCUCCGCGGACGCAUCAUUGUUCAGUGUGCAAUAGGUGUAUACUCAAGAUGGAUCAUCAUUGUCCUUGGUUGAAUAAUUGUGUAGGGUACCGCAAUCACCGCUACUUCUACCUGUACAUGGCGUAUAUGAUAGCUGGUGUGUCAUUUAUCAUCAUUUUUGGCGCAGAACUUGCGUAUCAAGAAAUAUGGCUCACUCCAGAACUUCCAGACCCAGUCUUGGAAGGACACCCAGUUAAAUUAAACAAAACCGGAGCGAUAAUAAUGAUGACUGAAGCUUAUUAUCAAUCCGGAGUUACUGCAGAACCUGAAGUGGAACACGAAGUAUCCCCCAUGGAGAUGUGGCGAAGACGCGCUAUAAUCUAUAUGGCUUUAAUUAAUACCGGUGUAUUAUUCGCGUUAGGCGGUUUGUUAGCGUGGCACAGCCGUCUUGCGUCAAAAGGUGAGACCAGUAUAGAAGCUAACAUUAACAAAGCCGAAACAACAAGACUAGCCGAACGCGGACGCAUUUAUAUAAAUCCGUACAAUUUUGGCAGUCGCAAAAACUGGCGACUCUUCUUAGGCCUUGUAAAAGGUCGAACAUGGUGGAGGCAUGUCUUGCUUCCAUCUGCUCAUGACCCCAUCGGGGACGGCCUUACAUGGCACACAGUUAACGACGAUGUCUUUCCGGACGAAUGGCCCUAAAUCUAGGCGCAGUACUUUAAAACAUUCCAAAAAUUAUACCCAAGCAACUAGAUUCUAUGUUACCACCUGUUUCCAUGUGGGACAUGAGAAGGUGGGUACAAUUUCAGGUCUUAACGAGUUUAAAAUGAAAAUCAAAUGCUAGUGAUACAUACUCUUAUAUAUUCGAUAUAUUCAGGAACUUAUAUUUGAAGAGAGUUAAAUUGAAGCGAAUUGAAUAAAUGCACAUCGGGUAGAUUACCAGAUGUUCUCCACAA